UAUAGGCCUGUGCCAUAUUUACAUACACUCCAAUGUAGCGAUUUCAACUAAUACUAUAGUAAUACCAUAGUACGUGUCCAAAAACGUCAUAAUACCAUGGUGCAAUCGCAGUGGUUAUUUAAGAGCUCGCGUUGCGUUCUAGCUCAUCGCGUCGCGUCCGCGUUCCUCCUGCGCAAACCCCAGGUUGCCGGUUGCCAUGGUUUCCCGCAUCACAUGCGCGGCUUUCCUGUAGCCAGCAGCGCAACAAAAAAGAGAAAAGAUGCCAGCUCUUGAAUUCCCUGCCAUUUUUACGCCCGCGAAUUAGAGGACGCGCUCGGACACGAGAGGAAACAGACGCAGAUGGUGGAAUAGUGAGAAAUCCGUCGCGUUGCCUCUGACGCGUUUGCGGAUCAUUCUUCUCAGCUGACGCGGCGAACCGGGACCGACUGCUGUUAACGUUACGCGCAAGAUCGGGCCGAAUUUUGCGCACAUUUCACCGUCAGGAAAUGAGUAUAGAAAUCCCCGAGGGCUUGACGGAGCUUCUGCAGAGCUUUACCGUGGAGGUCCUGAGGAACCAGCCGGGGGACCUGCUGGAGUUCGCGCUGCAGUACUUCACGCGUCUCAAGGAGAACGAGAGCCGCGGCGGCGCGUUUGGCAAUGAGCACAAUUCAGCCGCGCGAGCGGGGAAAGCCGUCAACUUCAUCGAGGAGGCCAUGCAGAUCGACUCCGAAAACGGAGAGGACGAGGACGAUGAUGAAGAAUUCGUAGCUCCGGUUAUCAACAGAUUUGUCCGGAGAGCUUCUGUUUGUGCGGAGGCGUACAACCCUGAUGAGGAUGAAGAGGAGAGAGAACCCAGGGUGAGUGGUCUCUCGAAACCUGCGACAGAGAGUCCCUCCACUUUUAUGCAUUUCUGUGGCAUCUGCUGCACGGUAUCCCAUCAUGCUUUGAUGUGCCUUCAGGUCACUCACCCCAAAACAGACGAGCAGAGACAGAGGCUACAGGAAGCCUGCAAAGACAUCCUACUGUUCAAAAACCUGGACCAGGAGCAGAUGUCACAAGUCUUGGAUGCCAUAUUUGAGAAGGUAGUGGUGACCGGAGAGCACAUCAUCGAUCAAGACGACGAUGGCGACAACUUCUACGUCAUUGAGAGAGGAACGUUUGACAUCAUGUUGAAAGCGGACGGCACCACGCGGACCGUGGGCUCUUAUGACAACCGUGGGAGUUUUGGAGAGCUGGCCCUCAUGUACAACACGCCGAGGGCCGCCACCAUCAUCGCUACCUCACCUGGAGCCCUGUGGUGCCUCGAUCGGUUGACAUUCAGAAGGAUCCUCUUAAAGAACAACGCAAAGAAAAGAAAAAUGUACGAGGCUUUCAUCGGGACUCUUCCUCUGCUCACGUCACUGGAGGUUUCAGAGAGAAUGAAGGUUGUUGAUGUCUUGUCGACCAAAGUGUACAACAGUGGAGAACAGAUCAUUGCUCAGGGUGAUUUGGCAGAUUGUUUCUACAUCGUAGAGUCAGGACACGUUAGGAUCACUAUGAAGAGGAGCAAAUCGAAAAACGACACUGAAGACGAGGAGGUGGAAAUCGCCACAUGCUCUAGAGGCCAGUAUUUCGGAGAGUUGGCGCUCGUCACUAACAAGCCACGGGCGGCUUCUGCAUAUGCCAUGGACAACGUCAAAUGCUUAGUAAUGGACGUGCAGGCGUUUGAGAGGUUAUUAGGCCCCUGCAUGGACAUCAUGAAACGAAACAUAGCCAAUUACGAGGAGCAGCUGAUCACGCUCUUCGAGAGUCACAUCGCAAUAGAGGAGCCGAAUGCAUGAAAUCAGUUAAUCAGAAACAAUCGCAAACUUAAAAUGCAACGUGAAACGAUGAGAAAAUGGUAAGUAGAGGCCUGUCAUCAUGGUCAAGAAAUCAUGUUAACAUACUGUAGGUCAUAAGCUUGAAGUUAUUGUUUUGCAUUCACAGAUGUGAAACUCCGGUGUGUGUCAAUGAUAAUGGUUUUUUUUUUAGAUGUGAAAAGCCAAAUGUGAGCGCUUUCCUCCAGGGUACUCAAGGUUUAUGGGAGAUUCCUCAUGGUUAUUUAGUUUGGGGAUUUGGUACCGGUGUGUUUAUCGAAAUUGUUCUCGUGUUUUUUAAACUUGGUUUGUGUUUCUUUCACAUGCUGCAUCUUUUACAGUGACGUCCACACAAAGACUGCAUUGUUAUGCCAUAUACAGCACAGUAAUAUGUUAAUUUAUUCUUUUAAAGCUAUACUUCUGAAUUUUCAAAUCUGCUGUUGAGCAUUUGUCAAUGUUUUCAGUGUUAUGCAAGUCAUUUUUACUGCGAGCCACUAUUUUUGACUAAACAUGAAUUCUGCAUCUGAGCUUCAUGAAUUGCAUCUUGAUGACGCCUGUUACACAAAAUGUGAACAGUUACUUCUAAUGAAUUAUGGACUACAUGCCAGAGUUUAAAGUCAACAUGAAAACUAAAUUGAACAUUUACUUAGAGCACAUUAAUAAUAAAUAAAAGUUUGU